UGCUUUUUCCUCCCUCAAUAAUUCGUCCGAAUGGCAAUGUUGGCCUUGCAGUUUUUCCUAUAAAGUCCGCGCUCCAACGUGAUGAACCCUCCCCCGCUUUCGCCAAUUCCUCUCCCUAGUAACAUCAGCAGCAUCGUCCCUCUGUUUCUCUCUGCUGGUCCCACUCUGCCCAAUAGGCCCAUCUUCUUCUUCUUCGUUGAUCUCUCUGGUUCAGGGUCCCGAUUUUGGCUUUCUUGAAUCAGAUUUCCGACUACCCAUUUGCUCCAUUAAGCUAUCUACCUGUUUUCGGUUUCUGGGCAGUUACAGUUUCCUGGAGAAAUAUCGUUCUUGACUCGUAAAAGUCGUGUCUUGAACUGAUAUUCCGUGCUGGGUUGAAGAUCCCGAGCGCAGUCCGUACGCCUAGCCCCCGCCCCUCUAUUUCUUGGCAUAGUUGCGGUUCUUCUCCUACCGUCUUCAUGCUUAAUCUGUUGUUCUUGAUGUUUGAGGUCCAUGUCUCCAAUUCUCAGUGAAAUCCUCCUCUCCGGUUAUAUGAUAAGUUCCUCAUUCAGGCGCAGGACCCAUUUAGUUCAAUCCUUCUCCGUCGUCUUCCUCUACUGGCUGUACUACGUUUCAUAACGUCUGCUGCUAAAUCUACGUUAAUUAGCCUCUAUAUCUAUCUUUCUAUUAUAUCGUCGUGUCUAUUUCCCGAAAUAUUUGCAUAACUACUAGCUGGGUCCUGUCGUAAGCCUUACAAUAAAUCUACUAUUAGCUGAGUAUUGGGUGUCGAAUAAUUUGCACGAAGCCACGAACUAUUGGCAAUCGAUCUCAUGGCUUCCUCGAGCGGAACGUCUUCCGGGUCAACCUUGAUCCAGAACUCGGGAUCAGAGGAGAGUCUGCAGGCCUUGAUGGAUCAGAGGAAGAGGAAGAGGAUGAUCUCCAACCGCGAGUCGGCGAGGCGGUCGCGGAUGAGGAAGCAGAGGCACCUGGACGAUCUGAUGCUUGUGGUGGCUCAGCUCAGGAAAGACAACCAGCAGCUAAGGGACAACGUGAACGUGGUGAACCAGCAUUACAUGACCCUGGAGACCGAGAACUCCAUCUUGAGGGUCCAGAUGAACGAGCUCACCAACAGGCUGGAGUCUUUGAAGGAUAUACUCGGUAUCCUGGAUGCCGGAGAUGGUGGCAGACCAGGAAAUGGUGGCGGAUCGGGAUAUAAUGGCGGUGGCGGAUGGGGAAAUGGUGGGUUCGGAUCACCUGAGGAAAUUGGUGGUGGCGGUGGCUGGACAGAUCAGCCUAUCGAUUACUUCUUCAACCCAAUGAGCUGUGCUUAUGCUGUGAACCAGCCUAUUUUGGCCUCUGCAGACAUGUUUCAGUACUAAUCUCAGAAGACAGCGAGAGAAGGAAGUUGAGAUCUGUCUGAUCUAUCCCAUGAAGCAUUUAGGCAGUGAAUUUUUAGUUUGUUUGGUAAGAGUGUGAGAGGAUAAGGGGCUUCGAACUGUAAAUGGGGGUUGCUUGCUUUCUAUUUGAUCGAAGAACCGUCUGUAAUUGGCCAGCUUAGUAAUGAUAACUAGUAGAUGUUAAUCCUACUUUCUUGU